CUGUGACUCGACUUCAGCACCGCCAAAGAAUGCACAGACGGUACGCCAUGGGAAACAAUUUCCACCAGGAAGAUGUUGUAUCUGGUUUAUCGAUAGCAUUAUAAACAGGUGAGGCCUCCAGCGGGCAUCGUCCUCCUUUCGGACCCAUGCACGUAACGAGAAGAUGUUAUCCUUCUUCCUCUUGUCCCUCCUGUCCGUAACCGGUCGAGGUCACCCUCACGCCAAGGUCGAGCUGCAACGACGUGGCGACGAUGUUGAUCUUUGUGUCUUCGAUGGCCCACCGUCUGUUGUGACAGUUACUGUUCCGACAGUCUCUACGGUGGUACGGACCUCGAUUUUUACUCGAUAUGUCCCAGUGCCAACUGAUUGGCCUGGCGUGCAAGGGUGGCUUGCUGCAGGAAGUCCUAGCGAUGACGGAUCCGACUCCGGCUCACAGGCUCAGGGUGCCUCCAGUCCACCGUGGGGAUCGGGACCUCCUCCGUGGUGGAAGCCUUGGGAUGAGGUUGACGUGGAUGGGGCUCAAGGAUCAGCUGGUCAAGCUGGUCAAUCUGGUCAAUCUGGUCAAGCUGGUCAAUCUGGUCAACCUGGUCAACCUGGUCAACCUGGUCAAUCUGGUCAAUCUGGUCAAUCUGGUCAAUCUGGUCAAUCUGGCUCCGGUUCAGGCUGGUUUUGGCCGUCUUCAGUUGAAAUCUCCUCCGGUGGCCCUAAUCCAACCUCCAGCAAUAUAUGGACCUCGCUCACUACCAGCGCCAGCCCGUCUUCAACAUCAAAUGUAUCCACUUUCACAACUUCCAUCGGCACUUCCACAACGCUCUCGACCAGCUCGCACUCCUCAAGCCCUACACCAAACCCAGACGAUUGGCCAGACCACACCGUAACUGCAUACUACGGCGCAGGAAACACCGACAUCUUCCCACCAAGAAAUAUACCAUGGAAGUACCUGACCCACCUAUGUUUCGCGUUUGCCAAUACAAAUGGUGUAAACAACAACUACUCCAUCAGUAUAGACAACACAGACCUCCUUCGUUACUUGAGUGUGCAAGCACAUUCGCAUGGCGUCAAAUUGGUCUUGAGUAUCGGAGGAUGGGGGCGGGGAGGGAUGUAUUACUCCGACAUUGUCCAGAGCAACCAAUCUAUCAGCGCCUUUGUGCAAUCAGUAGAGGCCGUUGUGUCUGAGUAUGGCAUUUCAGGGGUCGAUAUCGACUGGGAAUUUGUCGGUAAUUUACACGACGCGCCCGAACCAGCACAACCUCGACUUGUUACCGACGCCGAUGGGUACCUCCAGAUGCUCACAGCUCUGCGAGCAGCAAUGCCCUCAACCGAAUUGUCUGCGGCAGUACCCAUGUAUGUGUUUAAAAAACCUGAUGGGACAGAUGGCACACUAGUCCCCGUCGACAUGCAUCCUUUUGUGCCUCUCUUUGAUAGGCUUUACCUCAUGGCUUACGAUCUGUGGAAUGGCGACGAUACUGCCGGUUCAAACGCGGCCUUGGUCCGCAACGGCGAUGUGCCUCAAGACCAGAGAUUCGGCGAUGAUGGCGUCAAAACAUGGCAUGAUGCAGGAUUCCCAAUGAGUAAACUUGUCUAUGGUGUCCCAUUCUACGGCUACGGCUACCUCCUCUCGGAAGGAAGCAACCCAGAAGCCACAGGACUAUACAGUCCAGUUUCUGACAAAUCAUCCGGAGAUAGCAAUGAGGACCCCAAUAAAAAUUCCGGAUUCUGGAAAUGGAGGAACCUCAAAUCUCAGGAUGUCGUCCAACAACAACCCGAUGGCAGCUAUCGCGCUGGCCCGGGAUGGGUAUACGGAUUCGACGACGCGACCCAGACCCCUUAUAUCUAUACUGACGAUAACAACACCACGAACGAUCCACAGAUCAUCUCCUACGAUGACCCAGACAGUAUUGGACUGAAAAGAGAGUAUGCAAAACAGCAAGGAAUGAAUGGGAUGAUGUUUUGGGCUAUGUACGGUGACACAGAUGAUGGCGAAUUAACUGAGGUCCUCAGGUAGGUAAAUGGUGGAGCCGAAUACUGUACAUAUCGUCUAUGCCUUACAUAUAUUCUAUCCAAUACCUGCAAGACCCGUUC